GUACCUCUACGUUGCAGAUGUGUUAGAUCACAACAUCCACGUUAUGGAAAAACAUGCCGAUUGGAACCUAACCCACGUGAAGACGCUGCAGCUGGACACUCUGGUCGAUAACUUGUCUAUCGACCCUCACACUGGAGACGUCUGGACAGGAUGUCAUCCCAACGGGAUGAAGCUGUUCUACCAUGAUCCUGAAAAUCCGCCUGCCUCUGAGGUCCUGCGCAUCCAGAACAUCCUCUCGGAGGAGCCGGUGGUGACGCGCGUCUACGCCGACAGCGGCUCGGUGCUGCAGGGCACCUCGGUGGCGUCCGUCUACGAGGGGAAGCUGCUCAUUGGCACCGUCUUCCACAGAGCGCUCUACUGUGAGCUAUAG